AUGGCUGGAAGGAAUGACGCUGCAAUGGCUGCCGCAAUGCAAGCACUGGCACAAGCUGUGCAGAACUUGCCAAAUGCUGGUGGAGAUGCUGGAUCACGUAGCUUGGCGACUUUUCAAAGAGAGAAUCCGCCGGUGUUUAAAGGGAAGCAUGAUCCAGAUGCAGCCUUGGGAUGGUUGAAGGAGAUCGAGAGAAUCUUCCGUGUUAUGGAUUGCACUCCAGCUCAGAAGGUUCGGUAUGGUACUCACAUGCUAGCAGUCGAAGCUGAUGACUGGUGGCUAGAGACUCACGAAAGGUUGACCGUGGCAGGUGAAGACAUUACUUGGGAUGUAUUCCGUAGGGAAUUCCUGAGAAAGUAUUAUCCGGAAGACGUUCGUGGUAAGAAGGAAAUCGAGUUCCUUGAGCUGAAGCAAGGGAACAUGUCUGUCACUGAUUAUGCUGCGAAAUUUGUGGAGCUGUCCAAAUUUUAUCCUCAUUACACUGGUGCUGGUGCUGAAUUUUCAAAGUGCAUCAAGUUUGAAAACGGAUUGCGCUCUGAGAUUAAGAAGGCUGUUGGGUAUCAGAAGAUACGCAUUUUUACUGAACUGAUUGAUAGCUGCAGGAUAUUUGAAGAGGACAAUAAUGCUCAUUACAAGAUUGUCAGUGACCGCAAGGGAAAGCAGCAUCAAAACCGUGGCAAGCCGUAUGAUGCUCCAGUGGGAAAAGGGAAACAAGGAGCUGCUCCGGCUCAGAGGACUAGUAGGGGAGGUGCUCCUGCUGGUAUAGUUUGCUUCAAAUGUGGUCAGGCUGGUCAUAAGAGUAAUGUAUGCACUGCUGAAGUAAAGAGGUGUUUUCGCUGUGGUAAGACUGGUCAUGCAAUAGCUGAUUGCAAGCACAAGGAAGUGAUUUGUUUUAAUUGUGGCGAAGAAGGGCAUAUUGGAAGUCAGUGUCAGAAGCCAAAGAAAUCUCAGACUGGGAAGGUGUUCGCAUUGACCGGAACUCAAACCUCCUGUGAGGACAGACUUAUCCGAGGUACAUGUUUCAUAAAUGGUACUCCUUUAAUUACUAUUAUUGAUACCGGUGCUACCCACUGUUUUAUUUCUGCUAACUGUGCUCGAAGACUGGGUUUAAAAUUGUCCGCUUUGGAUGGUGAAUUGAUUGUUGAGACCCCAGCUAAGGGAUCAGUAACUACUUCUUUGGUGUGUUUAAAAUGUCCUUUGUCGAUCUUCGAUAGAGAUUUCUAUGUUGAUUUAGUAUGUUUGCCGUUAGAUGGGAUGGAUGUAAUUCUUGGUAUGAACUGGUUAGAGUAUAAUUAUGUUCAUAUAAAUUGUCAUCAUAAGUCGGUGAGGUUUUCCACUCCUGAAGAGGAAGGAGUUGACUUAUUACCUUUCAGAGAAUUGCGAAAAUUGAUGAAAGAGGGAGCUCAGAUGUUUUCUUUGAUGGCGACGUUGUCGGUUGAAAGUAAAGCUAAGAUAGAGGAACUGUUAGUGGUGAAAGAAUUCCCUGAAGUUUUUCCUGAUGAAAUUCCUAGUGUGCCGCCAGAGAGGGAAGUUGAAUUUACUAUUGAUCUGGUACCUGGUACUAGGCCUGUUUCGAUGGCACCGUAUAGAAUGUCGGCAUCUGAAUUACCAAGUGUGUCGCCGUGGGGAGCUCCAGUGUUGCUAGUAAAGAAGAAAGAGGGUAGUAUGAGGCUUUGUAUUGAUUAUAGGCAAUUGAAUAAAGUAACGAUCAAGAAUAAGUAUCCACUACCGAGGAUAGAUGAUUUGAUGGAUCAGUUAGUGGGUGCUUGUGUGUUUAGUAAAAUUGAUUUGAGAUCGGGCUAUCAUCAGAUCAAAGUGAAAGAUGAAGACAUCCAGAAGACAGCGUUCAGAACUCGGUAUGGACAUUAUGAGUAUUCUGUGAUGCCUUUCGGUGUGACUAAUGCGCCGGGAGUAUUUAUGGAAUACAUGAAUCGUAUUUUCCAUACUUAUCUGGAUCAUUUUGUGGUAGUAUUUAUUGAUGAUAUUUUGAUUUACUCUAAGUCCGAAGAAGAGCACCAGGAACAUUUGAGAUUAGUAUUGGAGGUUUUGAAAGAUAAGAAAUUGUAUGCGAAGUUGUCCAAGUGUGAGUUU